UAACAUUACUUCCAUCACAGAAUGGCAUCCAACAGGGGUCAAGGUGGAAUUCAACAGUUGUUGGCUGCAGAGCAUGAAGCACGGCAGAUUGUGAAUGCAGCUAAGAAUGAAAAAUUGGCUAGGCUGAAGCAGGCCAAGGAAGAGGCGGAAAAGGAGAUUUCUGAAUAUCGAGGUCAGGUGGAGUACGAGUUCCAAAAGAAAUUGGCAGAGAGUAGUGGAGAUUCUGGUGCCAAUGUGAAGCGGCUUGAGCAAGAGACUGAAUCAAAGAUCAGUCACCUCAAGACAGAGGCUGAGAGAAUAUCUCAGGAUGUUGUUUCUUCUAUGCUCCUCAAGCAUGUAACUACCGUGAGAAAUUAAGGUCCUUGAUGGUGUAUUAAUGCUCAAUCGAUACCAAUCAUUAUUUUUGAAUUUAUUGUUGAUUUUAGAUUGUCUGCUACGUAAUAAGAUUCCUGCUUUGCUGGAAUGUUGUAACAAAAAUAAUCUGAGGCUUGUUGAACCAAUCAAUUUGUUGGCAUGCACAUUUCAUAAAAUUCCUUGUUGCCUUACGAGCUGGAAUGCAGUUGUAUUUUCUGUGAAA